UUUGUGCCCAUCUUCAAACUCCAAAACAUGCUCUUUGGAGUUAUGUUUCUGGUAAUGUUGAGGUGUUUGUGUUCUUAGUGAGGCCAACUGUUCUUAACAGAUUAUGUAAAUGUAUUGUCAUCAUGCAGGAAUUAAGUCAGUUAGACCAGGAAAAACUUUUAAUUGUUUCUAAAAACAGAAACAUUAGCAUGGGUUGCUAUCUUACCAGAAUGGAGCACACCGGCUGCAGUUUCUGGAAGUUACUCUCCUCAUGUCGAGCUGCAGGAAGAAACCUGCGAUGGGAAGGAUGUGAUCAUAACCAGAAAACCAUCACAUACAACCAGUAAACAAAGGUGUGUACGCCUUCGGCUUUCUUCGUUUGUAUGGGUCGGUAUGAUGGCAAAAACCCCCCUCGGUCUACUAUAAGAGGAGAGAGAAUGGAGACUCAGAGACACUUCCUCUCUAGGACUCAUCCUCUCAGGAAACAAACAGCUUCAUCUCCAGGUAACCACAAUGAUGAAGAUUCUGCUCAGUCCUUCCAUCUGCACCCUGCUCCUCCUCCUCGGCUUUCUCAAUAGGCCCGUGGAGAGCCGGACCCUGCAUGUGGAUGGCUGCUCUGCCAGCGUUCACCUGCACGAAUUACGCAAAUACUUCUCUGACAUAAGAUCCGAUGCGAUAUCAGCAGAUGGAGAGAUUGGAGUGAAACUUCUGGAUGCAUCACUGAUGGAAAAUGUUCAGGAGGGUCAGGCAUGCUGUUUUAUGCGUCUCCUGCUGCGCCUCUACGUUGAAAGAGUGUUCAGCAACUACGAGUCCUCCAAGCCGCAUCAGCAGCGCUGCUCCAGCUCCCUGGCAAACGCGUUUGUCCGCAUCAGAAGGGAAAUGCAUAAAUGUCAUUGCAACUGUGGAGAAGAAACCCAGAGAUCAAUUGACUCAGUGAUCACCAAGUUUGACAUGCUACAGAUCCAGCAGGCAGUGCAGAAGGCCGUGGGAGAACUGGACACAGUGUUGGACUGGCUAGAAAAACUGGGAACUGUUAAGUCAUGAACAUGAAGCUGACCCAAACGAGAGUGACUUGUACCUUUCAGCCAUUUUGCAUUUCUCUGUUUGUACUUGAAUUAACUUAAAACUGUAAAUAUUUGUAUUCUCUUGCCCGGACUGUUUUUGGUUAAAUGUUUAAAACUGACUUUUAGAAGAAUAUAUAUAUUUCAGAAAUAUAAAGUUGAAAUAAAUGUGUUUUUGUGAACUUGUAAAAUAUGUUUUUAUUAGAACAAGGAUUUAAUCUAAAAUAAAAGUAUGUGGCUACGUUUUAA